AUGACUGAACCUACAAAGAUCAGUAUCUUGGGCCGGGAGAGCAUUGUUGCUGAUUUCGGCCUGUGGCGCAAUUACGUCGCAAAGGACCUGAUCACCAACUUGCCCUCCACCACCUACGUCCUCAUCACCGACACCAACCUCGGCUCCAUCUAUACCCCUACCUUCCAAAAAACCUUCGAGGCCGCCACCGCAUCUAUCUCUCCUGCCCCGCGACUUCUCGUCUACCAUGCUGCGCCCGGCGAGAGCUCAAAGUCCCGGCAGACAAAAGCCGACAUUGAAGAUUGGAUGCUGAGCCAGAACCCACCAUGUGGAAGAGACACAGUGGUCAUCGCCUUGGGCGGUGGUGUCAUUGGUGAUCUGACCGGUUUCAUUGCGGCAACCUACAUGCGCGGUGUCCAGUAUGUGCAGGUCCCCACCACCCUCCUCGCCAUGGUGGACUCCUCAAUUGGCGGAAAGACUGCCAUUGACACGCCUCUGGGCAAGAACCUCAUCGGCUCCAUCUGGCAGCCGUCGAGAAUAUAUAUUGAUCUCGAGUUCCUUGAGACGCUCCCCGUCCGGGAGUUCAUUAACGGUAUGGCCGAGGUCAUCAAGACCGCUGCCAUCUCCAGCGAGGAAGAAUUCACCGCCCUCGAGGACAACGCAGACCUAAUUCUCGGUGCCGCGCGCAGCGAGGCGAAGCCCGGCCAGGGCCGCUUCGAUGGAAUUCGCGAUAUCUUGAAGGCCAGAAUCCUGGCAUCCGCUCGCCACAAGGCCUAUGUUGUGUCUGCGGAUGAGCGCGAGGGCGGUCUUCGCAACCUCCUCAACUGGGGUCAUUCUAUUGGACAUGCCAUUGAGGCAAUUCUCACUCCCCAGAUCCUCCACGGCGAGUGUGUAGCCAUUGGUAUGGUCAAGGAGGCAGAGCUUGCACGCCACCUCGGCAUCCUCAAGGGUGUUGCCGUGGCUCGUGUCGUCAAGUGUAUUUCCGCCUAUGGCUUGCCUACUUCUAUGAAGGAUGCCCGUGUCCGUAAGUUGACUGCCGGUAAGCACUGCUCUGUGGACCAAUUGCUGUUCAACAUGGCAUUGGAUAAGAAGAACGAUGGCCCCAAGAAGAAGGUUGUUCUUCUGUCGGCCAUUGGCCGUACUCAUGAGCCCAAGGCCAGCGUUGUUUCCAAUGCCGAUAUCGGCGUCGUCCUCGCCCCCAGUGUUGAGGUUCACCCUGGUGUGGCCAAGUCCCUAAAUGUUACUUGCGCCCCCCCCGGAUCCAAGAGUAUCUCUAACCGAGCCCUUGUGCUUGCUGCACUUGGAUCUGGAACCUGCCGCAUCAAGAACCUUCUGCACUCCGACGACACUGAGGUCAUGUUGAAUGCCUUAGAGCGUCUCGGCGCAGCCACGUUCUCCUGGGAGGAGGAAGGUGAGGUUCUUGUUGUCAAUGGCAAGGGCGGCAACAUUGUUGCAAGCCCAACACCUUUGUACCUGGGCAACGCUGGAACUGCCUCCCGAUUCCUCACUACCGUGGCAACUCUCGCUACCCCCAGCACCGUUGGCUCAAGUGUCCUGACCGGCAACAACCGUAUGAAGCAACGCCCUAUUGGCGAUCUUGUCGAUGCUCUCACCGCCAAUGGUGCCGACGUCGAGUACAUGGAGAGCAAAGGCAGCCUCCCUCUCAAGAUUGCCGCUUCUGGAGGUUUCGCCGGAGGCAAGAUUAACUUGGCCGCCAAGGUUUCCUCUCAGUAUGUUUCUUCGCUUCUCAUGUGUGCUCCUUACGCCAAGGAGCCAGUCACUUUGAAGCUCGUUGGUGGCAAGCCCAUCUCCCAGCCUUACAUUGACAUGACCAAUGCCAUGAUGCGUUCUUUCGGUAUUGACGUUAAAAAGUCUACUACUGAGGAGCACACCUACCACAUUCCCCAAGCUCGCUACGUAAACCCUGCCGAGUAUGUUGUGGAGAGUGACGCAAGCUCUGCCACCUAUCCUCUGGCCAUCGCCGCCGUUACUGGCACCACUUGCACUGUCCCUAACAUUGGCUCCAAGUCCCUCCAGGGCGACGCUCGCUUCGCAGUCGAGGUUCUCCGACCUAUGGGAUGCUCUGUCACCCAGUCUGACACUUCCACUACUGUCACUGGACCUGCUGACGGUAUCCUUCGGCCAUUGGCCAACGUCGACAUGGAGCCCAUGACCGAUGCAUUCCUUGGCGCCUCUGUUCUCGCGGCAAUCGCCCGGGGCGAGGACUCGAACCACACAACCCGCAUUUACGGUAUUGCCAACCAGCGCGUCAAGGAAUGCAACCGUAUCAAGGCCAUGAAGGACGAAUUGGCCAAGUUCGGAGUUGUCUGCCGUGAGCAUGACGACGGUCUUGAGAUCGACGGUAUCGACCGGUCUACACUUCGCCAGCCUGCUGGUGGUGUUUACUGCUACGAUGACCACCGUGUCGCGUUCAGUUUCAGUGUCCUUUCUCUCAUCGCUCCCCAGCCGACUCUCAUUUUGGAGAAGGAGUGUGUUGGUAAAACCUGGCCCGGUUGGUGGGACACCCAGAAGCAAAUGUGGGGCGUUAAGCUUGACGGUAAGGAGCUCAAGGAAGACGAAGUUGCUGCCUCAAGUCAAGAAGAGCGAAGCAACGCUAGUGUCUUCAUCAUUGGUAUGCGUGGUGCUGGAAAGACCACCACUGGCAACUGGGUUGGUAAGGUCCUUGGCCGUCAAUUCAUUGACCUUGACACCGAGCUUGAGCAAACCGAAGGAACCACCAUACCUGAAAUGAUCAAGAUUCGCGGCUGGCAAGGUUUCCGCGACGCUGAGUUGGCCUGCCUUCAGCGCGCCAUGAAGGACCGUCCUACUGGCUACGUCUUCGCCUGUGGUGGUGGUGUCGUCGAGAUCCCAGAAGCUCGCAAGAUGCUUGUUGACUACCACAAGAACAAGGGCAAUGUUCUCCUCAUCAUGCGCGAUAUCAAGCUGGUCAUGGACUUCCUCCAGAUCGACAAGACUCGCCCUGCCUACGUCGAGGACAUGAUGGGCGUGUGGCUGCGCCGCAAGCCUUGGUUCCAGGAGUGCAGCAACGUUCAGUACUUCAGCCAGCACUCGAGCUCUGCUGAGCUUGCUCUUGCCUCGGAAGACUUUGCGCGCUUCAUGCGCGUUGUGACUGGCCAGACAGACAGCCUCGAGGCUUGCGUCGGAUCCGAUGCCGUAGAAUUGCGGGUUGACUUGUUGAAGGACCCCUCAUCAGACAUCGACAUCCCCUCGCUUGACUACGUCACCGAACAGAUGUCCAUCCUCCGCCGUCGUACCUCUCUCCCCAUCAUCUUCACUAUCCGUACCAAGAGCCAAGGAGGUCGCUUCCCCGAUGAUGCUCACGAUGCCGCGAUGCAGCUGUACCGCCUGGCGUUCCGCUCUGGAUCUGAAUUCGUGGAUCUUGAGAUCGCCUUCCCUGACGGGAUGCUCCGUGCUGUUACUGAGAUGAAGGGUCACUCCAAGAUCAUCGCCUCACACCAUGACCCUAAGGGAGAACUCUCUUGGGCCAACAUGUCCUGGAUGCAGUCCUAUAACCGUGCUCUGGAGUACGGCGAUGUGAUCAAGCUCGUUGGUGUCGCCAACAGCCUGGACGACAACACCGCUUUGCGGAAGUUCAAGACCUGGGCUGAGGAGGCACACGAAACCCCUUUGAUCGCUAUCAACAUGGGUGACAAGGGUCAGCUCAGCCGCAUUCUGAACGGCUUCAUGACCCCAGUGUCUCACUCCAGCCUCCCCUUCAAGGCCGCACCCGGUCAGCUCUCUGCGACUGAGAUUCGCCGUGGUCUCUCCUUGAUGGGCGAGAUUAAGGCCAAGAAGUUCGCCAUCUUCGGCUCUCCUGUCUCUGCCUCCCGGUCGCCCGCUCUCCACAACACCCUCUUCGGCACCAUGGGUCUUCCCCACGAAUACAGCCGCUUGGAGACCACGAACGUUGAGGACGUCAAGGACUUCAUCCGUGCCUCCGACUUCGGCGGUGCCUCCGUGACCAUCCCUCUCAAGUUGGACAUCAUGCCCCUGCUCGAUGAAGUCGCCAAGGAAGCCGAGAUUAUUGGCGCAGUCAACACCAUCGUUCCUGUUGCCAACGGUGACAAGCCUCCCCGCCUGGUCGGCUACAACACCGAUUGGCAGGGCAUGGUCCAAUGCAUGCGCAACGCAAGCAUUUACGGCUCAUCUGGUGAUGAGAGCGCCAUGGUCAUCGGAGGCGGUGGCACUGCCCGUGCUGCCAUCUUCGCUCUACAUCACAUGGGCUUCUCUCCGAUCUACGUCGUGGGCCGUAGCGCUAGCAAGCUCGAGGGUAUGGUCUCGACCUUCCCCACCAGCUACAACAUUCGUGUUGUAGACAACCAUAGCCAGCUUGACAGCGUCCCCCGCGUUGCCAUUGGCACCAUCCCGGCCGACCGUCCCAUCGACCCCACCAUGCGUGAGACACUCUGUCAAAUGUUCGAGCGUACCCAGGAGAUCGAUGGUGCCCUCAUUGGCAAGACUUCCGAGUCCAACAACCCCCGUGUCCUCCUCGAGAUGGCCUACAAGCCUGCCGUCACGGCGCUCAUGCAGCUUGCAUCCGAUUCUGGCUGGAGCACCAUCCCUGGACUUGAGGUUCUUGUCGGACAGGGUGUUCACCAGUUCGUUCACUGGACUGGUAUCACUCCUCUGUACCACGAGGCUAGGGAUGCCGUUAUGGGAAACACCAAUGAGUCUUCAUAA